UGAUGACGGGCGAAAAUCCAAAAUGCUGCAUCGUUGUGUCAAAAUAAAAAAUUAGACAGCUGACCGUAUGAAUUACAAAGUGCAGUCAGUUAUUAAAACAAAGCUAUUUAUGCAAGUUAAAUAGUUUUGUUCAAAGUGUAACUGAAAAGAUUGCUCUUUAAAGUAUAUUACACGCAUCUAUCUAAGAAACGAAGACCGGUUGUUUGUUAAACCAAGGUAUAACUACAGUUUAAGCCAUGGACAGUCAGCCUUGCAUAUUUCUGGGCAUCAAAAUCAAACCUGGGCCUAUAGAGCGCUAUAAAGUUGAAAACUUCACCCUUGAUAACACAGUGGACAAUCUAAAAUCUGAAGCUGAAAAGAAGACAAAUGUACCGUCUACAUCUCUUGAACUAAUACACCAUGGCAAGAUUUUGAAAGGCGACCUCACUCUCCAAGACAGUGGUGUCAAAAAUGGGGAGAUGGUCCACGUGGUGAAGAAGAAAGUGCAGACAACUACCACAGCUACUCCAUCAUAUUCAGAUGCUGAGCUGCAACAACUUAAUACUUCCUUGAGAACGUUGGGAUGCACUCCCAAUGCUCCUGGGUGGACUAGGGCAAUGCAGCUAUUAAAUGACGAUUCCGCAAUGAACGAGAUAGUGGAACAAGCACCGGGCAUCGGAGAGGACUGUGUGGCCCUUUCUAUCUUACAUGAAGUGGAAUUGUUGGCCGCCCUGGGUGCUAAUGUCCACACUAUGAGGAGGGGAGCUAACGCCCAUCCUGAGUUGCCAGCAGCUUUGAGACAUCUAACGCGCCUUGUAAGGUCGCGAUCUAACACUACGUCGUCUACUGAGAGUGUGCCCACAUCAGGAUUUGCGUAUUCGUUAGAAGCAUUGUCAGAAGACGAGGAUGCUGAUGAGGAAGAGACUGAAGACGGUGAGAGGAACCCCAUCACUCACGAGCAGUUUGCUGCUGCCUUACAGGCAGCAACAGAAGCAGUAUCAUCUUCGAGCAGCCGUGGUGCUGGCAGCAACGACAGUUUGCUGAGGCUGCUGCAGUCUGCCGGCGAGUCCAGCAGAACCACGUCAUCAGCCACCGAGUCUGGCACGCCUACAGGCGUCGCUCCAACGCGGUCGCUGAUAACGCCGGAGAUGUUCAGCGAGGCUAUAUCCGAAGCUAUGAACCGAGCCAGCAGCACCAGGAACACUGCUGGCACUCCAAUGGAACAGAGCACGGCUGCUUCAUCAUCACAAAGUCCAGUGCAAGCGAGAGAAGUUCCCGCUGUGCCCACUGGUGAAGACUUCACAACCCAGCUCAACCACAUGCACGAAAUGGGACUGGUGGAUGACGCUCUCAAUAUACGGGCACUGCUCAUUUGUGCAGGUGAUGUAAAUGCAGCCAUAAACUUGGUUUUCAGUGGAGCAAUCGGUGAUGAUUAGAUUUUAUAUUAUUUAUAUUAAUUGAACUGCUGAAGCAUUCUUCCUCAAUUUCACAUGAUGGAUUUUUUUUUCGUAAAUAUCGUCAUUCAUUUGCUAUUGUCGAAAACAGUCUCAUCAAAGAUUAUUUCAGUAUAGCUUUUUUCCGAGGCACAAGUAUUUUAAACUUAUUUGUUUGAGUAUUUAUUUUAAUAUCGGAUGUAUAUCAAAGCUGCACAAUUUAAGUGAAGUUCCUCACAAACCAAUUGCACCUUUGGAGUAUAUUGACCCCUUUAUUAGGAGGUAAAACGAUUGCUUUUUUAAUUAGUUUCUUGUGAAAUAUGUGCCAAUAACACUUGUAUAAGAGCAAAUGAAUGGGAUCUAGUUGAUCUAUUGGGGACAGAUCAACAUUUCUUUGAAUGAAAAAGGGUCCUUAUUUUGUGGUAUGUAUGUGAUUACUAUAAUAAAUAUUGAAACAUUCAUA